AUGGCCGAUUCGUUGCUAACUACACACAGGAAUUUACCUCUGUUUUCUAGCAAGGAAUCUGUACGCUUAGAGCACAAAGCGCGUAGAAACUUUCCAAUCAUCUGGAACGGGAUUGCAUCCAGUUCAAAUAAUAGGUUUUAUCACCAAGAUGAACUGGACAAGAUGCUAAUGGCGAAGCUUCAGCUACCAGAGCCCGAUAAUAGAGCUCAAUCGCACUUUAUUUCAGCUGAAAUGCGAAAGAGUUUGCUGGACACUUGUCGCUGUGGGCGACCUAUGCGUGGCAUCCAUUUGACCAAGUGCCUGCAACGAGCUGUAAACAAGAAUCUGCAGUCCGAAGAAGCUGAAACGAAAGCUGUAAAUAAAAUGCCUCAGACUUCCAACUCUUUCAUUGGAUUUAAAACAGCUCCCUAUCAAAAGUUAGAACGGUCCAUGCAGUAUGUAUCACCUACCAUCUCUAUGCCUGGGCCUCGUAUCACUGCUGCUCCAUACAAUGCCAUUAUUAUAGGUUGACAAAGCAAUUUGUAAUUGCACGGCUUAAACGCCGUUGGUAAACAACAAUCAU